AGCAGAGAGGCAGAGAGUGGUCAUCUGUGACCAGUCCUGUCUGCCAGGCCCACACAAGAAGCCUUUCCUUGAACUGUCUCGUGAGGGUGGUACCCCAAAACUGUUCAGAGAUUAGUCCUGCCAUCUUCAUGACAACCUCCUCAAGUGAACCUCCAUCGAAAAGUUCACUUCCUUCUGACGUAGAGCAGCCAUUGUUUCAUAGCCUAUCCGAGAUAACCCGGCGACUUUACAUCGGCAAUGGGGUGGCUGCCAAUAAUGAAAACCUUCUAUACAACAAUCAGAUCACCAUGGUCAUCAACGCCUCAGUGGAAGUGGUGAACACAUACUAUGACAACAUCCAAUACUUGCAGGUGCCAGUGACUGAUACCCCGACCUCACACAUCUAUAGUUUUUUUGAUCUUGUUGCUGAUCAGAUUCACAGUGAGGACAUGAAGCAGGGUCGAACGCUGCUACACUGCGUUGCAGGAGUGAGUCGUUCACCUACACUCUGCCUUGCAUACCUUAUGAAAUACCAUGCUAUGACACUGCGUGAUGCCCACACAUGGAUCAGAGCACUCCGCCCCAUCAUCCGGCCUAACAACGGCUUUUGGGAGCAGCUGAUCCAUUACGAAUCUAAGCUGUUUAGUAAGAACUCCGUGAAAAUGAUCAACUCUCCGGUGGGCGUGAUUCCUGAUGUCUAUGAAGAAGAAGUGGAAUUGAUGAUGAUGCAAAUGUGAACCAUCCCAACUGGCUCCUGAUGUCCUUGGCCAGUGAUGCCUAUUGAUAGGCAAGAAAAGACAGGGGACAUUGGA